GAAUGAGGCAAGAUCACAGCUGGAGAUGAGAGAUCAGGAAGGCGCACUUAAACCAAGGAAGGAGAACGGAGAAAACGGGGAAUCUGGCUGGGACGCAACAUGGACAGAAAAAGCUACGUUCAAGUCCUGGCUGACCACACAACUCAAGAUGUCAGUCAAGCGCAUCGUCCUGAACGCCAGGAGUCUCCUCGUAUGGAGGAAGAGUCGCCAUACAUCAAGAAGGUGGAGGAAGAAUUCGUCCACAUUAAAGAGGAGCAGGAGGAGUAUUUCAUUAGAGUGGAGAACCCCCACAUUGAGGAGCAGCAGCAACAUCAUCCCCUCAGAAAGGAGGAGGAGGACCCUCCAUAUGUUAAAGUGGAGGUGGUGGACAUCCUCAAGUCGACUGAUGAGCCCUUGAAGAGUGAAGAUGCCAGUGUGAGGGAAGCCAGCAGAGGGUCGAAGCCUCAGAAUGGCAGCAACAGCAGUUCAAAAGAAGGAUCCCAAGCAGACAACCUCAUCGCUCGGCCAUCAGAGAGUGACAAUUUCACAUCAAACUCCCUGUUCUCUUGUCUCUCAGAAGAUAGACGGAGAGACUUGAAGUUUUACCGUAUUCCGAGAGACCCGGAGAGGAGAGCGAGAUUGACUGCUGCAAUUCGACGAGAAAACUGGGCUCCAAACGACUACCACAGAUUAUGUAGUAGUCAUUUUAUAUCUGAUGUCAGUGAAGCGCAUCGUCCUGAACGCCAGGAGUCUCCUCGCAUGGAGGAAGAGUCGCCAUACAUCAAGGUGGAGGAAGAAUUUGUUCACGUUAAAGAGGAGCAGGAGGAGUACUUUAUUAGACUGCAGAACCUCCACAUUGAGGAGCAGCAGCAAUCUGAUCCCCUCAAAAAGGAGGAGGAGGACCUUCCAUAUGUUAAAGUGGAGGUGGUGGACAUCCCCAAGUGGACUGUUGAGCCCUUGAAAGGUGAAAGUGGAGGUCCGGGUGAGGCCAGCAGAGCGGCGGAGCCUCCCAAUGGCAGCAGCACUUCAAAAGAAGGGUCCCAAGCAGACAACCUCAUCGCUCGACCAUCAGAGAGUGACGAGUUCACAUCACACUCGCUGUUCUGUGAGUAUCACGUUAUUCACCUCGAGGGAAAUGUCUGAAGAAGGCGAAACUGUCAUUUGGUGGCAUUCGUUCAAUCCGUUUAGUCUUUAUGCGAAACUGUGUCCAAUCCUUGUUGUUUUACGAAAUAUGACUGACCCAUUUUGACCCAUUCGGCACAUCAGCGUGAGUUUACGGUGCAACACAUCUAUGUGUAAACUUAUGGAAGCGCAUGUAGAGUGACCGUCUGCAAAACAAGCAUGUGCACCUUGAUUGUGUGAAAUACAAGGUCAGACCCCCAAUUCGACCAUAUUGAAAAAAAAUGUCAACAUGCAUGUGUGAUGCAUCAUUGGAAAGUUAGAAAUAUCUUUUUUUUCUGAGCAGGAGGGCAUUUUUGACACCCUAAAAGUACGUCAAAUCAUGUGAGCUAAAAAUCGAGUUUCUCAUUUUAAAGGACCGUACUGGUGCAUAUUGAAUAACAAACACUUCAAGUCACAUUUUACAACAGAAAAUUUAUUCAAAUCAACAAAGUGGAGAUAAUUAGGAAAUUUUGGAGCAGGGGAAGUUUUUUUUUUUUUCUUAAAUCAAGGAAACAAAAUCAACAACUACAGUAGGGCAAACAAGUAUUUAGUCAACCACCAAUUGUGCAAGUUCUCCUACUUGGAAAGAUUAGAGAGGCCUGUAAUUGUCGAUAUGGGUAAACCACAACCACGAGAGACAGAAUGUGGGGGAAAAAAAUCGCAUUGUUUGAUUUUUAAAGAAUGUAUUUCCAAAUUAGAGUGGAAAAUAAGUAUUUGGUCACCUACAAAGAAGCAAAAUUUCUGGCUGUCAAAGAGGUCUAACUUCUUCUAACGAGGUCUAACAAGGCUCCACUCGUUACCUGUAUUAAUGGCACCUGUUUUAUCUCAUUAUCGGUAUAAAAGACACCUGUCCACAAACUGUCAGUCACACUCCAAACUGCACUAUGGCCAAGACCAAAGAGCUGUCGAAGGACACCAGAUACAAAAUUGUAGACCUGCACCAGGGUGGGAAGACUGAAUCUUCAAUAGGUAAAACGCUUGAUGUAAAGAAAUCAACUGUGGGAGCAUCUAUUAGACAAUGGAAGACAUACAAGACCACUGAUAAUCUCCCUCAAUCUGGGGCCCCAUGCAAGAUCUCACCCUGUGGCGUCAAAAUGAUAACAAGAACGGUGAGCAAAAAUCCCAGAACCACACCGGGGGACCUAGUGAAUGACUUAGAGAGCUGGGACCACUGUAACAAAGGCAGUAACACAAUGCACCGCCAGAGACUCAAAUCCUGCACUGCCAAACGUGUCCCCCUGCUGAAAAAAGUACACGUCCAGGCACGUCUGCGGUUCGCUAGGGAGCAUUUGGAUGAUCCAGAAGAGGACUGGGAGAAUGUGUUAUGGUCAGAUGAAACCAAAAUAGAACUUUUUGGUCGAAACACAGGUUCUCGUGUUUGGAGGAGAAAGAAUACUGAGUUGCAUCCAAAGAACACAAUACCCACUGUGAAGCAUGGGGGUGGAAACAUCAUGCUUUGGGCUGUUUGUCUGCAAAGGGACCAGGACGACUGAUCUGUGUAAAGGAAAGAAUGAAUGGGGCCAUGUAUCGAGAGAUUUUGAAUGAAAAUCUCCUUCCAUCAGCAAGGGCAUUGAAGAUGAGAUGUGGCUGGGUCUUUCAGCAUGACAAUGAUCCCAAACACACAGCCAGGGCAACAAAGGAGUGGCUUUGUAAGAAGCAUUUCAAGGUCCUGGAGUGGCCUAGCCAGUCUCCAGAUCUCAACCCCAUAGAAUAUCAGCGGGGGGAGUUGAAAGUCCGUGUUGCCUAACGACAGCCCCAAAACAUCACUGCACUAGAGGAGAUUUGCAUGGAGGAAUGGGCCAUGAUACCAGCAACAGUGUGUGAAAAGCUUGUGAAGAGUUAGAGAAAACGUUAGGCCUCCGUUAUUGUCAACAAACGGUACACAACAAAGUAUUGAGAGGAACUUUUGGUAUUGACCAAAUACUUAUUUUCUACCAUGAUUUGCAAAUAAAUUCUUUAAAAAUCAAACAAUGGGAUUUUCUGUUUUUUAUUUCCACAUUCUGUCUCUCAUGGUUGAGGUUUACCUAUCUUGAGAAUUCCAGGCCUCUCUAAUAUUUUCAAGUGGGAGAACAAUUAGUGGUUGACUAAACACUUACUUGCCCCACUGAAUAUUAAACACUGUAAACGUUAGCAUUGCUACAUUGAGAGUAAUGGGGGGAAAAGACAACCUAAUUUAGCCUGCUAUAAAACAUUGGUCUUCUCCAAAACGCAAACUUGCGGUUAAAAGAUGACACUUCUAACAUUAAAAAUCGCUGGUUAACAGCAUUUGCAAACAAACAAAAAACAAAAAAACAAAAAAAAAAAAUCAACGAUUUCUGGAGUUAAUCCCACAUAAUUCAGUAUUAACACUAUAAAAAAUGAAUACUAUAAUAUAGGGGUGUAACGCAGACCUGGCGGCAUGGGCGGGCAUUAGGGGGCCAGGCCCGCCCUGAGGGACGGCUGUGCCCGCCCUAGCUCGAUUAAACUGUACUGUGUUUUUUUUUUUAAUCUUCCACAAAAACACACACACACACGGAGAGAAUGAACCCUAUAUUCCAGUGUUUUUCAACCGAUUGUGCCGCCGCCGUGAGAGAUUGUCAGGUGUGCCGCGAGAAAUUAUCCAAUGUCGCUUUUUUUAACAUCGUCGGGCAAAGUGACAUUGCUCAAGUCCCCUGUCUGAUAGUUUUUCAAGCCUAAUCGCUAAACGUUUCACAUAGGUCACCUACCUUUUCGUUCAGUUUCGCUCGGCUACCAGGGGCACUAAAUAAUUUCUUCAUAAAAUAGAUUUAUUAGUUCUAAGUAAGAAUCCGUGGAGUUCACCCUCUGAAAAAGUGCCAAUUUUUUGUUGUUGAAACCCCGGGAGUAUUUUUGCGUUGAGGCGCAUUGAUCUCUGGUGUGCGCGUAGUGCCAUUAGGUCGGGAGUGGUGUGAUUUUGGUCACAUGAGCCAAUCAGGUAGCCGCUUUCUCCUCACCAUAACAACCAGAUAUCAAAAAUGGCGACUACAACAUCGGAGAGCGAAGACGAGCGAAUGGAGAAAAAAGUUAAAAAGAGAGCGCAGAAAGUGGGAAAUAAACGAUGCUACAUGAAUCUUUUUUCCGUGAAGAAUGAGGACGUCUUGGACUUCACUUAUCAACGGUGGAUCACGUACAGAACCUGCUUUAAAAAGUGGCUUUGUCUUCACGGCGCUAACAAGGAUCUUGCAGGAAUAUACAAACAUUGCGUGGAUAUGGAUUUUGAAAAUAUUCCUGCCGACGCUGGAUUCCACACUACAUGCUACCGGCGUUUUACUGAUAAACAGAAAUUGUUAAAGGCUGAGAAAAAAUCCGCACGUGCUGGGGGAGAGCCAUCUGCAGCCGCGAGCCAUUCUGACCCCCCUGCGAGUACGAGCAAAGUUGCAGAAGCGUCUGAAACUCCCAGAAAAAACUUCGUUCCCGUUCUGGUUUGCCCAUCGCUUCUGCUGGCCCUGUCCUUCCAGCCAUCUGCAUCAUUUGUAAAAAAGUGUCAAAGUAUGCUCGUUUGGGAUCGGAAGGCAAACGGCAGCUUGAUCAUCUCGUCAAAGUAGAGACAUUGUCGGCAGGUAUGUGCUUCACACACACGCGCCCAUUAUUUUUUACAAUAGGACCGAUAUUUAUAAAUGGACUGAAAAUACUUUGCUGUUAAGUUAAUUUUUAAGGCUAUAGUUUAGUAAAGAUGAGAUGCUAAAUGAUUUAUCGAGUGAAUCCAGCAGUUGUUACCAAACUCGGGUUAGCUGUGCCCCUCACAGUCAUAGAUCACAGCUACAACCCCCCCACCACCACCCCCGCCCCACUCUCACCAACCUCAACAAACCCUUUACUUUUAAAUCUGUGAUGCGUAUAUACUGAGAAAAACGGUGAUGUGACAAUAAUACUUAUUUAUAAUAUAGUACUAUAAUACUUACCGUAUUUUUCGGACUAUACUGUAAGUAGCAGUUUUUUUCAUAGUUUGGCUGGGGGUGCGACUUAUACUCAGGAGCGACUUAUGUGUGAAAUUAUUAACACAUUUUUAUAUCAUUUCACAUGUUAAUCUGGUGUUUUGGAGUGACACUGAUGGUUUGCUAAACUUGUUAACAUGUUCUUGAUGCUAUAGUUAUCUGAGUAACUCUUAAUAGCUAUGUUACGUUAACAUACUGGCCACGUUCACAUUUUGUUGUUCAUGCAUCAUGUAACAUUAUCAUUAUCAUACUUAUUCAGCGUGUUGUUCUAUAUUGUAUUUUAAUUUCAAAUUGCCUUUCAAGAUGAAAUAUCUGUUCUAUGUGCUGGAUUUGAUUAAGUAAAUUUCCCCCAAAAAUGCGACUUAUACUCCAGUGCGACUUAUAUAUGUUUUUGUCCUCUUCAUUGGGCAUUUUAUGGCUGGUGCGACUUAUACUCAGGUGCGACUUAUAGUCCGAAAAAUACGGUAAUUCUUUUUUUGUGUAAAGGCCGGUUGCUGCAGGCAGCAGAGAUAAAGACUCUUCAAUCCUUCUACAUAUCAAAGACAAAGACUGUUGCAAGGGAGGUGCGAUACCAUAAAUCCUGUUACCGAGAUUACACCAGGUUCCUAACCUAGUCAACAGCAACAGAAACUGCAACGAGGGACGAAGAAAUGUGAGUUAUUACAUUGUACUAUUCCAUUUACACUUUGCUAAAAUUACACAUUUCAAAGAUAAAGCAUUGGUCAACAACAUGUCACCUGUAUUCUGCUUGCCUUUAGCCAAGCAUUGAAAGCGUUAAUCCUUGCACAUCCUAAGUAUGUGUGUGUUUCAGACAACCCUGUGCUGAGAGCUACAAACUCUUUUGUGAACAAGUGGUCCGUCAAAGGAUUAUCGUUGACAAAGAUGUGCUCAGAAUGGACAAGCUAAGAAGGUUGUUCGUGAAUACCGUGAAGAACCAUGAGUAUCUUGAUGGUUCAGACUACAGGUAAUUAUGAAUCUUCAAACUAAAUUUUUUUUAUGUGUUUAGUCUCUAAAAAAAGGCUUUGAGAGAAUGUUUAAUUUUGUUCUCUUUGGUGUAUUUGUGUGAAUGAGAAAUAUAAGCGCAAGAGUGAAUGUGGGUGUGUGUGAUGUGAAUGUGUGUCUUGUGCUCAUCUUUCCCUUUAACUUUGUUUCAGGUAGGUUUUGCUGAAAAGAAGAUUGAAGCGUGAUUUCCUCCAGUUGGUUUUUCACACCCCUUUCCAGCGCACCAUGUCUGAAAUGUUUUUUUGUUGUUGUUUUUUUUUGAGACAUUAUCAACAACAGACAAACUUUUAGACAGGAUACCUCAGUCAUCGGCUACAUUAGCAACCAAAUCUACUGAGGUAAGCCAAGAAAGUGACACUGAACAAAUGGCUAGCACAACAUCUGGUUGGAAAACCAGCUCUUGGCCCAAGUGUUUGUUCAGCCCUCAUUGGCAUCCAUACAUUCACAGGUUGUGACUCGACCAGUGCCUUUCAUGGCAAGGGCAAAACAAAGACAUUUUCUCUUGCUUGUCAGCAAGAAGAAUACCUGACUGCGUUUACAGAUCUGGGUAGUAGUUUUAACCUUGACCAGUCUACAUUUGAGGCAUUGAGCAAAUAUGUGUGCCAUCUGCAUGGCCAGUCAACUGCCAAAAAUGUCAACGAUGCAAGAUACAAGGCAUUCUGUAUGGCAUCAUCAGCUUUUUCCAGAACUGUCCAUUCCUCCAACAAGUGAUGCUCUCUUCCAGCACAGCAAAAGGGCAAACUACCAAGCAGCAGUAAUGCGACAUUCUCUGACUGGUAUGAUGUGUGCCCCUUCACCAAUUGGCAAUGUAUGGGACAUUGAGGAUGUUGAAUUAACAGUAAAAUGGAUGACUUGAAAUCCUGCCCCACAUAGUGUGCUACAGGUAGUCCACUGUGGUUGCAUGAUAAGCAAGUGUGAGACUGAAAGAUGUUCACUCUUGUCUGCAAAAAUGUCUUGUACAGAUUCAUGCUACUGCCAGAACUGUGAAAAUAUUUCAAAGGAAACAGAAAGAGGCACAUGGGAUAAUGACACUAAUGAUAGUGAUAUUGAUGAGUAAUCACCCACCAUGUAAAAUCUGUCCUAUGUUUUGAUUCAUUAUCAAGAUGGUACUCUCCAUUUGAACACUUUUAAAACAAACAAAAAAAAUGUCUGUAUUCCCUUUUCCCAAAAGAUAGACCUUUGUUCAAUUUGACUGCCAAAAAAGAUGGAUGUAAAUGACAUGCUGUGACAUAAUCUGACACUUUAAUAAAUACUAUUUGUUACAAUUAUCUGGGCUCUUAAUGCAUCUAUUUUCAUCCAGUCCAUUUUGCCUUGUUCCAGUUUUGAGGUGCAUUGUAUUAUUUUCAGCCAUUUUUGGCCAAUGUGUGCUGCUUCUUGUGUACCUUUCAUUACAUAGUAGGUUGUGAAUUGUUUUCAUAUAUAAAACGUAAGCUUUUAGAUAAAUGUAACAUAUGUGCUCCAUGUGCUGGUCUCAACUCUAAGUGAUUUCUUUGCACAGAUUUGCUACAUUUAAUGAUCUAAAUUCACAUUUGAGUAUAUUAAACCACCAAUACUUGUUUCUGAUAUUAGGUACAUGUAUGUAUGACAUUUGAGAAAGAUUUUGUGUUGCCAAAUUUAAUGUAAGACAUUAUACAACCAGAAAUGGCAGCACCAGAUUUUCAAUUUUUGUUAUUUCCCUAUAUAUAUAUAUAUUCCUGACUUUUGACAAAAUUGGUGCAGGGAAACGUUGGGUGAACUUUUAACCCAAAGUUCAGAAAGGUAUUAUCUAUCAAAAAAUGCAUUGAACAAGUAGUGCCCAGACAGUGGAACGAAACUCAUUUUCUAGGCACUUUUUCAGGGUCCACCCCAAGGCCUA